AUGGGUGCUUAUUAUGUUAAUUGCUUUUUAUUUUUGUUAUUAACAUGCUUAGCAUGUGUGGAAGGCUCCAAAGAGCCACCUAUCAUUGUCGAACAUCCAAUUGAUGUGAUUGUGCCUAAAGGUGCUCCUGCCACAUUAAAUUGUGCAGCUCGUGGUGUGAAUGUAUCAUUUACAUGGUAUCGUAACGGUGAGCGAGUAAUAACAAAUAAAGAUCAAGCACAUAGCCAUCGAAUUUUAUUGGAUUCAGGCUCUUUAUUUUUGUUGAAAACAAAUAUUGGUAAAAAUAACAAAGAUGGUGAUGCGGGAAACUAUUUUUGUAAAGCAAAAAACAAUUUUGGAGAAGCAAAAUCGAAUGAAGGUUCAUUGAAGAUUGCCAUGUUAGGUGAUGAAUUCAGAGUUCGACCACGAACUACCAUGAGCUUGGCUGGAUCUCGCGCAAUAUUGGAAUGUUCUUCUCCACUUGGGUUUCCGGAACCAGUUGUUUCAUGGAGGAAGAAUGAAAAGGAAUUUUCUCUGAAUGAUAAUGCACGUGCCACUCUUGAUCCUACGGGUAAUCUUAUAUUCUCACCGGUAGAAUAUUCUGACUCCGGUACAUAUCAAUGCGUAUCUAUAAAUAUGGUUGGUGAACGUGUUUCAAGCCCUGCUCGUUUGAGCGUUUACGAAAAACCUCAGUUUAUAAAAAAACCAGAAGAUGUUACUUCUGAGUUAGGAGGGUCCAUUCUAUUUAAUUGCACUGUUGGAGGAGAGCCUCAGCCACAAGUUUAUUGGACCAAAAAAGGAGAUCAGAUGCCUGUAGCUCGUGCUUUCAUUGCCAGGGAUAAUAAAGGGCUACGAAUUGAAAAUAUCCAAAAGUCAGAUGAAGGAGAGUAUGUUUGUCAUGCUCGAAACCCAACAGGGUCCAUCGAAACAUCAGCGAGGCUGAGAGUCCAAGUUUUACCAAGUUUCGAGAUAUCUCCUAUUAGUCAAGAAGUCAUGCUAGGUGGUCAAGCUGUUUUUCACUGUGUACCUAACGGACAGCCUGCACCUGCAUCUUUCUGGAGUAAAAGUGGAGACCAGAAUAUGUUUUUUCCUGGAUAUGUGAGCGCUGACAGCCGGGUGUCUGUUCAACAUAACGGAACACUGAUUAUAAAAAAUAUAAAAAGUGAAGACGGCGGCUCAUAUACAUGCGCAGCCAUGAACUCUGCAGGAAGUGCUUUGAGCAAAGCUAAGCUAACUGUUCUGAACUCGGCUCAACCAAUUAAUUUUCCUCCCAUCAUCGAGAAACUUCCGCAGAACCAAACUGUUGCAGUGGGUAUGAGAAUGAAAAUGAAGUGUACCACGAAGAGUGAAACUAAUGGGAUGGCAGUUUGGGAGCAUAAUGGAAAAGAAAUUGAUAUGACUAGAUUGGGAUUACGCCAGAUAGAUGAUGGAAGUUUAAUUAUAAAUAGCGUCAAAUCUGAAGAUCAGGGUGUUUACACAUGUACUCUUACAUCAGCUGGUGGAAGGACUCAAUUCAGUUCGAUUUUGAAAGUAGAAGAAAAAGGAGAUUUCAAAGAAACGAAAGUUAUUGGAGACUUGGAAACGACCCUCUAUGAACCCGGAAAACCCGUGCUCGUAGAAGUGACGGAUUCUGAAAUUGAACUUGAGUGGACUCCACCAACUGUUAACGAAACAGCAGUGCUCAGUUACACGAUAGAAUAUUAUUCUCCGCAGUCCAAUAAGACUUGGAUCACUCUCUCUGAAUUCAUAAAAGGAACUAAGUUUCGGGCGAAGAACCUGAAACCUUCUUCCGAAUAUGUUUUUUUUGUGAGAGCCCGAAGUGAAAACGGCUUAGGGCUUCCCAGUCUUUUAUCAUCUACAAUAAAAACUAAAGAAGUUCUUGGAGAUAUAUCAGCAACAGAUAUUGAAAAUAUCAACACUCGACUUUCCUCUGAACAGAUAAUAAACUUAAAAGAGGCACGAACUCUCAAUGCCACUGCUAUACACUUGUUUUGGACAGUUCGAAAGUAUCGAGAUAUCGUGGAUGGCUUUUAUGUCAAAUGGAGAGGUCCAUCUCAGAACAACAGUCAGCGUUUCAGCUCGGUUUUAAUCAGAGGAGCCAAUGAUAACGAUUGCAUCGUAAAUGAGCUUCAAGCUUUCACGAAUUACAAGUUCUUCAUUAUUCCUUUCAAAGGGUCUGUACAGGGUGUCCCAUCUAAUUCGAUGGAAGGGUUGACUGCUGAAGCAGCACCAUCUCUCCCACCUCUUGAGGUACGCGUACGCAUGUUAAACUUGACGUCGGUUCGUGUUUCGUGGAAACCACCUCCACUUGAAGGAUUAAACGGAAUUUUGAAAGGCUUCCAGAUUGAAAUUGUCGGCGAAGGAAACAAAUACAACAGAAAUAUUUCCACGAAAGAGCGCGCUGCUAGUGUUACGCUAUUUCAUUUAACACCUCUUAUGACUUACCGCAUCAGUGUUGCAGCUCGAACUAAUGCAGGUAUUGGUGUUUUCCACCCUGUGGAAAUAAUUAAAAUGAAUACCGAAACUCUUGAACAACAUAGGGAGCUGUAUGGGGAAACGUCUUCUCCUAUUCUAGCUCUUCUUAGACAGCCAUGGUUUUUAGUUCUUUUAACAGUUUUGGGUUGGAUUGUCUUGAUAGCCAUUGCCGUGUUCCUAUUCAUGCGAUACAAAAGGAACUCAUCCGGAAUUAAAAAACGAAAUGGAUCAUUCAUAAAAAUUAAUGAUGGAUCUAUUCACGUUGGCCAGAACACAUUAUGGGAUCAAGGUGGUACUGUUCAUUUGGGUCGAUUACCUCCUGGAAAUAGGACUAUUAUGUCUCAACCUUUCAUAUCGGGGUCACCUGCUGGGAGAGAAAUGCAUGAAUACGCAAUGGGUGGUCAAGAUGGAGUAUAUCAUUAUGCUCAAGCACCUGGCGAUAAUUAUUCCAGCAAAUUCCAAGACGAUCCGUCACCUUAUGCUACAACUACGAUCGUGAUGAGCAACGACUCAGCAGCUUUUCGUAACGAUGGCACCAUUCUAAGGCCACCACCUAGUAACACCAUACCUCAUAAUCCUCCUUUUGGAAUUGAAACGGAAAUUGAGAGGAUCAAUGACAAGUACAUUGAACGAGCUACAAACAGAAGAAGAAACAAUCCAAGUCCUCCACAAAAUCCUAGUUAUGGUCACCGGUUAAAAAAUACUAUUGGUUCCACGCUCCCACGUUCUCCUCCGAAACAAACACUGUUUGAUUUCAUUCCACCUCCGCCCAUGAAUCCUCCGCCUUUAUUAAACAAUAUAGCUGCAGAUCGAUACGAGGAAGCUCGACGAGCAGCCGACGGAGCGAUUAGUCGAACAGCGGCAGCUAGACUACAAAAAUCGAAAAAUGCAGACGAGUUAAGUCAGCGUUCUUCCCUUUUAUCCGAUGAAGAUGAAGAGCUACAAUCAUUGCACGAUGGUCCACUCACAUCAACACAUAAAAAAAUGCCAAGAAUGGGUAUAUCAGCUACUUUCCUAAAUUCCAACGAUUAA